UCGGUCCACCGCAGGUCCUCUGCUGACGCUUCCGUGUACGGCCUCUGCCCUCUGGCAAGCGGCAUCGAUGCAGCAGCCAGUCCGCCCGCUCGCCGUGAGCGCCGCCGGAGGAGGAGGCGGGUUCUCGGCGGUUCGUCCCCGGUCCUUGCGUGAGUGGAGGGGGAGGACGUGUCGCAAGGUAGUCAGCUUCUCGUCGUCGGGGAAGGGGGGUGAGGAGCAGGCGGUGCCGGGCGAGACGCCGGAGGAGGCGCGGCGGCGGCUGGCGGAGCUCGACAAGCUGCUGGAGGGGCUGGUCGAACCCAAGAUGCGGCCGCCGACGCCACCUCCUCCUCCGGACCCCUACUUGGACCGAGACAUGAUACUGGGGCGGGGAUCCACUGAUGAACUACCGGAUAUAUCUCCAACAUACGUAGCAUUCUCGACGCUGGCACUUGUUAUCCUCACGAUAUUCACCAACGUCAUGUUCAAUCUGUACAUCAAACCUUCUGUUGACGGCGCCGAUCAACCCGUAAGAAUUCAGAGAGUGCCUCUAGUAAAUCCAGCAGAUCAGCAAUUCGAGUAGCUUCUGCAGAGGGUACAGUUAUGUUAUAAAUGUUUUUUUUCCAAGUGGAAUCAAUGGAAUGUUUAAUUUUGUGUGUCCCCUCACUCUAGCUUCUUAGUUUUCUCAAAUGAACUCCCUGUCCAAAGAUGAAGCAACCCCAAAAGGCUUUUAAUA